AUGGAAGCUGAAAGAAAUAAUUUGUGCCAACAACUUGAAAGUGAAGAGAAAUCGGUGCGACGUGCGGCUUUGCUCGAGCUCAAGAAACGAGCGGAACGAAAAGAUUUAGACGGGCUCCCUUAUCUGUUAGAACCCCUUGUUAAAAUCGUGUCCGGUGAUAAAGUUGACAGCCUCAGAGAGUCAGCUUCCAUAGUUUUACUUUUUCUAACUUCUCAUCAAAAAAUCAACAGCCAACAGUUUCAAGACAUUGUCAUCCUCACAGUUGAGCGUUUUGAGGUUGAACCAGCCGAAGAGGUUCGCCUGACAUUGGCCAAAAUCAUCCACUCUGUCGUAGUGAACCAAAGUAAUCAAGCAGUUUACCUUGAAAAUUUGGACAAACUGACGCAAUCGGUGAAAUUGAUGGUCAGAGAUCGUUAUGGGGAGGUUGUCAAAGAAGCCUGUGACAUCAUCAUUUGCUUGUCAGAGAAAAAUGAUCACUUUAGACUUCAAGCUGAUUUCUUUGUUGAACCACUGAUGCAAAAUUUAAAAACACAGCCCAUGAAAGUACGUGUCAUGUGUGUCAGAGCCCUGGAACCCAUCAUGAUCCACUCACCCCUGACGAUUCUCAACAUUGCACCUGAUCUUGAGAAAUUCUGGUCAGACAGCAGUCCACCCCUGAAACUGGCUAUGGUGCAAACUGUCGGCAAAGUAUCACAAGAAGUUGAAUCGGAUGACCAAAAUUUCCACCUGUUGCUGCCUGUCAUUCUCCUGGGGAGAUGCAACGAUUUCAUCGAAGUCAGCGAAGAAGCCGAAAAUUUCUGGCAGCUGCUCCAAAAUCAGCCAGAAUUCAGCCGUCAAUUUGCCAAAUGUUUCAGUAAACUGAUUCUCAAGUUACUCCAAGAUGCCGAAAAUUGGAGCAAUGACAUGAGGAUUCAAACGGCUCAACUCCUUUACCAAUUUGUUCGCGAAAUACCAGACAGAAAGCUGGAACUUUCCACUGUGAUGGAAAUAUUGACAUUCCAGUCGGGUGAUGAACAAGCGGCCGUUCGCAAUUGGGCAUGGAGAUCUGCUCGACUUGUUGGCGAAACCUGUGCGGAAGAAGCUCUCCAGUGGCUAUCCAACCGAAAACAAGAAGAAAUCGAAGCCAACAACAGUUGCGAUUUGACUAUUUACAGUCACAUUGUCCGCGGAUUCCUCCUUUCCACACAAUCGAACCAUCCACCUCGUACCUUGGACCUGUGCGUCCAAUUGGCCGUCAAAUUCAGCACCACGAAAGACAUUUCAUUACUCGAAUGCCUCGAGAGUCUGGUCGAGAAAGACGUGGGAAUCCCUGCCGAACGGAUGAACCAACUCGUGUCCGUCGCCCUGUCGCUGGAAGGAUCCAAAGAAUCGGAUUUCUCUUCAAGACAAAUGAGUUUACUGGAGAGAAUGGCUGUCCGCCUCGAGUACCCCAAUGUGGAAACGAUGAUCCAGCAACGGUUACCGGCCCUGCUCACUUCUGAAGGUGAGCCAGGCCAGUGGACGACAACAUCACCGUCGUGGAGGAUUCUCCAAUUUGUGGCUGGAGAGUUGAAGAUGAUUGACAGUUACGUCUUCGACCUACUCCGCCAAACGAUCAGCUCCAACCCCAACCCGGAAGUCAAACUCAAAUCCUUCAACAUGCUGACGGCAUCCAUGGAACAUUUGCAGUCUAUCGAUCCUGCCCAGCUUCAAGCUAUUUUACUGGCCAGUGUCAAGUGGAAACCCGGUCGAUCGGCUUCAGUUCUACGUUCUUCAGCCGCACUGUGCGCUUACGCGGCCAUCCAUCACCGGAAGCUCGAAAUAAUUCCGUCAAACCUCAAUACUAUGGCCGAUUCUUUUGUGGAUUUGGUGGAAGAUGAAGUGGUCAAUACUCGACUAGCUGCAAUCAAGAUACUCCAACACUGUUUAUUUGCCGGACGUCCAACCAAUCUAGAUUCUAUUCUCACGACUCUAAUGGGUCGAUUGAAUGACGUGUCUAAAGAUGUCCGUCAAAGUGUUAUGACUGGGCUGAGAGACGUGUUUAUCCAUUGGAGACGCCAAGGCUCUCCUUACGUCAUGGAGAAAAAGUUUACCGACCUGGUUCGUGUACUUUCGCGUGAUGACGAUCUACCGUCUAAAACAUUCGCCGAUGGAAUUUUGCAAUCGAUGCUGGACGUCAAUUUGGAUCAAAUGAACAUUUCACCCGAGAAAUUAAUUGAAAUUGUUCAAUAAAAACGAGUUUUCAAUUCA